CCGGAAGCACGGCUCACACGGGUGCUUACAUGGGACUGGCUGUGAGGAUGGCUGGCUUCGCGGAGCUUGGGCUGUCAUCCUGGCUCGUGGAACAAUGCCGGCAGCUGGGUUUGAAGCAGCCCACGCCCGUGCAGCUCGGCUGCAUUCCCGCCAUCCUGGAAGGUAGGGACUGCCUGGGCUGUGCCAAGACAGGCAGUGGCAAGACGGCAGCGUUUGUCCUGCCCAUCUUGCAGAAGCUGUCUGAGGAUCCCUAUGGCAUCUUCUGCCUCGUCCUGACACCCACCAGGGAGCUGGCCUACCAGAUCGCAGAGCAGUUCCGGGUCCUGGGGAAGCCUCUGGGCUUGAAAGACUGCAUCAUUGUCGGCGGCAUGGACAUGGUGGCCCAGGCCUUGGAGCUCUCCCGGAAACCACAUGUGGUCAUCGCCACACCAGGGCGCCUGGCUGACCACCUCCGCAGCUCCAAUACCUUCAGCAUAAAGAAGAUUUGCUUCCUGGUGAUGGAUGAGGCAGACCGGCUGUUGGAGCAGGGCUGCACUGACUUCACCGUGGACCUGGAGGCCAUCCUGGCAGCUGUACCGGCCCGCAGGCAGACGCUGCUCUUCAGUGCCACGCUGACCGACACGCUGAGGGAGCUGCAGGGCCUGGCCACCAACCAGCCCUUCUUCUGGGAGGCUCAGGCCCCUGUGUGCACAGUAGAACAGCUGGACCAGCGCUACCUGCUAGUGCCUGAGAAGGUCAAGGAUGCCUACCUGGUCCACCUGAUCCAGAACUUCCAGGACGACCACGAGGACUGGUCCAUCAUCAUCUUCACCAACACAUGCAAGUAAGCGUGGGCAGGCCUGCCUCUCCCGUCCCCCAGGCGUCCCUCCCAUAGCCCUUCACGGAGGCCUGAGAGGUGGCCCAAGGUUGGAGGUAUGAGGCAUACAGACGGUCUCGGCACUCCGGGGCCUCUGCUCAGACCAGCAGUUUUGGAGGAUGCACUCAAGGGGGCUCAGAGAGGUCAAGCAGU